CCCUAUAUGACUUUCACUCUACAGAUGUCUCCAGUCUUUCCUUCAGGAGGGACGAUAUAAUACAAGUCCUCACCCGACUUGAGUCUGGGUGGUGGGAUGGUCUUUGUAAUGGCGAGCGCGGUUGGUUUCCAAGUAAUUAUGUCACUGACAUAUCCAACGAGGAGGAAAUGUUGGACGAGAAUGAACAGGCAUCCGAUUGGAUUCCUCAGCGAACUCCCGACGGUGAUCUCUUCUAUUACAAUCAACGAACCGGCGAGCGCACUUGGGAAUUAUCAAUGGAUGACGCAGAGUCCGCUCGAUCCGUGAAUCCGCGCGACUCUUCUUCAAUUGGCGAAGGAGUCAAUCAAGGCAAUAUCACGAGUUCCAACAAUAGCAUCACCACCAGAAGCACCACCAAUUCUCCUCGUUCAAGUGUAUUAACGAGGUCCCGCCAGCUACCCGAAAAUUGGAUACAACAGCCUACCGAAGACGGCAACACCUAUUACUACUACAAUACCAUAACGAAAGAAACAAGGUGGACUUAUCCGAGUGGGGGCGGUUCAACGACCGCCACCUCCACCAGUUCCGAGAAUGAUGAUGAAAAGGAGGAAGAGGAGAUUGAUGAUCGAGUGGUGUCGGCCCGGGUCGAGGAGGAGGUGGCCGAAGGUGAGGUGGAUGAUGUGGAGGCAGCUGACAAAGAGAGCAUCGCCAGCUCGAGGG